GAAGAAGAUUAGUUUCACUGCGCUCUCUGUUGUUUUGUCGUGAUGCUGACUUUAUAAAAACGUCGUGUCUAAGUUUUGAAGCAAGCAGGAAUAUCUGGAGGAGUAACAGCUGAACUGAGAUCUGCGGCUGUGAAGAUGGCGUUUGUUAAAGAGGAGAGUGAGGAGAACACAAGUGAACCAGAACCCUGGAGAAUAAAACACGAGGAACCAGAACCCUGGAGAAUAAAACACGAGGAACCAGAAACCUGGAGAAUAAAACACGAGGACCCAGAACCCAUGAGAAUAACACACGAGGAACCAGAAACCUGGAGAAUAAAACACGAGCAACAAGGAGGCCUGAUGAAAGUGAAAGAGGAAAGACAAGAUCUGAAAGAUCAUGAUGUCAAUGAAGAAAAACCAGUGAGUUGCAGCAUUCAAAUAACAAAAGUUAAAAAGCCUUUCAGCUGCUCUCAGUGUGGAAACAGAUUCAAACAUAAAGGAAGCCUUAUGAAACAUGUGAGAAGUCAUAGUGAGGAAAAGCCUUUCAGCUGCUCUCAGUGUGGAAACACUUUCAAACGUAACGAAAACCUUAAGACUCACAUGUUAAUUCAUGCUGGAAUAAAGCCUUUCACCUGCUCUCAGUGUGGAAAGAGUUUUACACAGAAAGGACAACUUAAGAAUCAUCUGGUAACUCACACUUCAGAAAAGCCUUUCACCUGCUCUGAGUGUGGAAACACUUUCACACGUAAAACACACCUUAAGAAGCACAUGUUAAUUCAUAAUGGAAUAAAGCCUUACAGAUGCUCUCAGUGUGGAAAGUGUUUCACACAGAAAGGACACCUUUAUCAUCAUUUGGUAACUCACUCUUCAGAAAAACCUUUCAUCUGCUCUCAGUGUGGAAAGUCUUUCACACGUAAAGGAUACCUUAAGAAGCACAUGUUAAUUCAUGCUGGAAUAAAGCCUUUCAGCUGCUCUCAGUGUGGAAAAAGUUUCAUAUGUAAAGAAAUCCUGAGGAAUCACAUGUUAAUUCAUGCUGGAAUAAAGCCUUACAGCUGCUCUGAGUGUGGAAAGACUUUUACACAGAAAGGACACCUUAAGAAUCAUUUGGUAACUCACACUUCAGAAAAGCCUGCUCUCAGUGUGGAAAGAGUUUCAUAUGUAAAGGAAACCUGAAGAAGCACAUGUUAAGUCAUGCUGGGCAAAAGUAGAGUUGCCAAUCUUUCCGUAUAAUACGGAAUCGUCCCAUAUUUAAGGCAUAUGCCAUAUGACCACCUAGAUCAUACGAAUAACAAACUCUAAAUUCUUUUUGGACAAGUGUUUGAUUUGUGAACAUAUCCCUUCGAGGAAGGUUUUAAGACCAAGUGGAAUCAUCUGCCGUCUGGUAGCUCUCUCCCGCUUCACAGUGAGCGGGACUCACGCUAACUGUGUAUUUUAACAUCUGUGUUUUGACUUCAGCAAAUCAGUUUUGCCAAUUGCAAACAAAGUGAUUAUUUUUCAUGAGUCCAACACCCAAACAUGCAAGAAAACGUGCAUUUUACCAGAGUGAAGAUGUGCUCAAUAAGGGAAGUCAUCUUUCUCUAUUGUAGGCAAUGUUGUUAAAUAGAUAAAACAAUUUGUAUUAAAGUAACUUCCAGCGUAUUCUUAACCUUGUAUCUCAU